UCAAAGAGAAGAUAGAAAAAACUAUUGAAAAAACAGCACAGACAAAAACAUAUUUGAUCAGAUCCUAACUCACCUUAUACUUGAAAAACGGACCCAAACCCGGCCCAAAGCCCGACUGUUUGUCGUGCACCAAUCGGAUCGGUUGAAGACCUCUAUUGCAUGUGUAGAAUAUCCGAAUAGUGAUUUUGUUAUUCAAAUACAGACGCGUUGAACGGUUAACCGAACUAUCUGGACACAUCUCUAGUUUGCUCAGUUACAGUGUUUAAAUAUGAAUUCACAUAAGCAUGCAUUUAUUUUGUAAUGCACUUGUAAUGAUGUAUUUGUGAUUUAAGAUUAUUUGAAAUCUUUUUGACACUAUUAAAUGCUUAUUUUAUUAGGGGGCAUUCCAGAACCUUUGUCAGGAAAAGAGGGUGACAAUAUCACAUUCCCAUGUGAUUCUGGGAUUAUUGAGAUUUAUAACGUUAUUUUAAAGGCUUACGGUACUAAUCAGCAUAAAGAAUAUACGGGCCGUGUGUCUCAAAUUGGGAGCUGUACCAUCAUACUGACGGAUCUGAGGAGGAGUGAUGCUGGUUUAUUCACUUUAAUCGUUUACAAGACAUCUGAGAUGGCAUUCAACAAGAUUUUCAUAGUUUCUAUUAAAGAUGAGUUUUCCUUGAAGACAGGUGAGAAUCUUACGUUGGAAGUUUUGUUGCGUAAGACUGAGCGAGUGGUGCAUGAGAGGAUCGGUGGCGCAGAGUUUACACCGGUGUGGAUUAAAGGAAAAGGGGUCCAGAGUGAUCGACUGACCGAAAGUAAUGAGGACCUGAUCAUCAGAGAGUUUAUAGCCAAUGAUUCUGGAACAUACAGAGCUCUGGACUCAGAUGGAAAUACCUUGAUCACAGUAAAUGUCACAGAAAACGUUACAGAGUCUGAUCAAGAUAGACAACACCAGGACAACACAACAUCUUCUACCUCCACUGAAGGAGAUGGAUUGAUAGUAGGACUGACUCUGUUGCUUGUUUGUGUUCUGAUUCUUAAUGGCUGUUUCUGGUACAAAGAUCACAGAAGUUCCCACAAAUAACAAUUAAGGAACAGUCUUCCUCCAUGCUCUUUUGCCAUCUCAAACCAUCUUACACCCCAGGCUGGACCAGCACC